AGUGAGUGGGAUCGAGCAGCGAAGGAAGAAAAAGAAUAGCAGAGACAGAGAGAGAGAGAGAGAGAGCAAGAAGCCAAGAACGCACGCACCUCUUUUCUUGUUCUCAGUUACUCUUCUCUAUCAUCAUCGUCGUCGUCAACCCUCUCUAUCGGAGCGUGCACACACGCGCACUCACACGAUACCUCUCACUCUGUAUCCAUGCAUCCAUCUUCUUAAUCAUCGCCCCAAUCCAGGAGCAGAAUGGGUAUGCCUAUGGGCAGUGAUGAUCCUGCUAUACUUAAGUUACAUAAGUGGGAACCUUCCGAUAUUCCACUUGCGCUCUCGGAAUUUCGUGAGGCUUUUCUUUCUCCCACAAGAGAGAUACUGCUUUUGCAUUCUUAUGAAAAAGAAGCUCUUUUGCUUCCGCUGAUAAAAGGAGAAUUACAUUCUAGUGCUCCGGAAAGCUGCCAUGACAAUGAUAAUCACAGUCCAGGUUCAUCGACUCUUUCCUCCCAGGCAUUCACUAGGCCUAGUAUAUCAGAUAUGGUGAAUGAUUUACCUUGCACUUCAGGAUCAGAAAUCAACAUUGAUACUGAUCCUGCUCAACUUAAGUGUCCAAGGUCCAAAAGUUACCCAUUUAUUAGUGAUGUGAGCUCGUUGGCAUGGGCACGUUGUGGGGACAGCUAUGAUCAGCACAGUGAUGCUUCAUUUAGAGAAUUUCUAUUUGUGUCCGGAAGAUGUGGGGUGUCCAUCCAUGCUUUUCCCAAAUUGAACAAAACCAGAGGAAUUGCUCAAGCUGCAGUAGAGGGGAACUUUAGCCAAGGCAGGUGGGUGGAAUGGGGGCCUGUUGCUACAUUAGCUCAAAACAUAGAAGUAGGAGAGUCUUCCAGCCUGAGUGAUGAAGGUCAGACUAUAAAUGGUAUUGUUGGAGAUAGUGGAGUUGAACUACCGAGAGGUCCUGCUGCUAAGAGAUACUUGGAGUCGUUUUUCACUAAAAUUGAUACUACUGUAUUAGAUGGUAGUAUCUGGAGCAAGUUCCCUAAGAAUACAGAAUUUCCUUGCUCUGCAGAAGUGGUUUCAUUUAACAUAUUUGAUGGAGGUGAUGUGUCUAACCAGUCAAGCUUGAGCUUGUGUGGAGAUGAUUCUAAUUCUGAUUGUUUUUCUAGUGUAUUUGGUAUUGAGGUUAAUGGUUUCUAUGAAUGCCCAAGAGUGUUCUCAAGUGCUUCAUAUUGCUUGGUUGGGCUCUUUUUUAUGUUACCGCAUGAUUUGUCUGGAAAUAUUAAUGAUGCAAUUCAAGGAGGCAGGAUAAGAAAUUUACUUCUUGUAGCUAGGUUAGACUAUUGGGGUAUUCAGUGGGUUUCAAUAGUGAAGCUAGAUGAAAGAAUAAACAUAAGUCUAGCAAAUAAGUGGAUGGAUUUUCAGUUUUCUGAUGAUCUCCUUGUUUGUCUUAAUUCUUCUGGCUUGAUUGCUCUCUAUGGUGCAUUGUCUGGUGAACUUGUGACACAUUUAAAUGUUUCACAUGCUUGUGGACUUAACCCUCAUUUUGAUAUGAAAGGGUCAGAAAAGUUUUCCUUGAGUGAUGGUACAGAUAUUAAGCAAGAGUGUGACAUUAAGGCUAAGUUGUCUGAUCAGCAUAGUGGUUCUUUUAGGAGGUCAUUCAAAAGGUUCGUUGUUGCUUCACAUACCUCCCUUUUAGCUGUGGUUGAUGAAUGCGGUGUGAUCUAUGUGAUUUCCUUGGGUGAUUAUGUGCCUGACAAGAACUAUUCAUAUGAGAAGUUGCUUCCAUAUGGUCAGCAAUUUGGGCUUGGAAUGUUGGUUGGUUGGGGAGUUGGUGGGUAUGAUAUAAAUCACAAAGUGGUAUACUCUAAUUCUUCUGGCAAUGCUCGUUCUAGUGAUUUGAACAUGAAAAGUGAAGUGGUUUCUUUCCCAGACAAAGCUGUGGCGGCCAAUGUGCUUCAGCAAAUUCAUGACUGCACAUUUAAAGAAAAGACAGACUUGUUUGGCUCCUAUUCAAGUGGAUUUUCUGCUGCUGCUAAAAAUGAUAACAAGUUUCAUGGUUCUGAUUUGAAUUCACUUGUUAUGAGAACAAUAUUUCUUCCUGGUUUUAGAGUCUCUGGGGAUGAUUCCAUUUGUUUUUCUCCUCUGGGAUUUACUAUUCUCUCUAGAAAUAAUUAUGCACAAAAUCAAAGAGGUUCUCUGCUUGUCCAUUUUAAUCUGCAAGUGAAGUUAGAUGUUCAUGAUGACAACUUCAUAGGUAGUAAAUAUGAUGUGUGCCACUUUAAUGGAAAAGAAGAAGCUAUUAUUGGAGAAGCACUUGGAUGCAUUUUCCAAGGUUGUUUAUAUAUAGUGAAGGAAGCUGGUCUAUCAGUGUAUCUUCCCUCCAUUUCAAUUUCAACAAAUUUUCUUCCUACUGAGCACAUUGGUUAUUGCCCACCAACUAAGGGUUUAGGGAUUUCAGACAUAAUAAAGGACAAUGUGGAAAUAAAAGAAACAAUGAAAAGGUUUUCUCCUUGGAAAGUUGAAAUUUUGGACAGAGUUCUUCUGUAUGAAGGCACUGAAGAGGCACAUCGAUUGUGUUCAGAAAAUGGAUGGGAUGUCAAAGUUUCUCGCAUUCGUCAGUUACAAAUAGCACUGGACUACUUGAAAUUUGAUGAAAUAGAAAGAUCUUUGGAAAUGCUUGUGGAUGUGAAUCUAGCAGAAGAGGGGAUUUUGAGGUUGCUCUUUGCUGCAGUUUUUCUCAUUGUUAACAAAAAUGGAAAUGAUAGCGAAACUUCUGCUGCUUCAAGGCUUCUUGCACUGGCUACUUCCUUUGCAACCAGGAUGCUUCGUAAAUAUGGAAUGAUACAACAUAAAAGAGAUAUGAUCAUUGCAGAGGGCUUUAACAAAACAGAAUUACUCUCUCUUCCCCCUAUUGAACCAGUUAAACUGCAAGCAGAAGUGGAUUUUGCUCGAAAACUUCGUGAGAUGGCUCAUUUCUUGGAGAUCAUACGCAACCUGCAAUGUAGGCUUAGAUCGAAAUUCCAAAGGGCCAGUCAAGGAUUGGCUACUAUCGGAGAAGAGUCAUCUUUAAUUUGUACUGAUAUGUUGCAGGAAGAAUCCCAACUUUCAGUUCAUGCUUCAGAUUUAGUGUCACUGGACAUGUUGAACCAAAAUGAGCUUUCCUUACCUCUACCUGCUCCUGGUAGUGACAACAACGAAAACCUUGCACUAGUGCCUGUUGAUUCAAAAUCUCCUUUGGUCUCGGAAGAGUUUGGUGAAGUAUCCCCUUUAGGAGGAAAUUCUGAAAAGAAAGUUUUGCCUGUGGAAAAUCCGAAAGAGAUGAUGGCACGCUGGAAUGUAGAUAAUCUGGACCUUAAAAAUGUGGUUAAAGAUGCGCUGCUCUCUGGUCGUCUGCCUUUGGCAGUACUUAAACUGCAUCUUCAUCAAUCGGAAAAUUUUGUUGCUGGCAAAGAGCCUCAUGAUACUUUCACUGAAGUCCGUGAUAUUGGCAGAGCUGUUGCUUAUGACUUAUUUUUGAAGGGUGAAACUGAGCUUGCUGUUUCAACACUUCAAAGACUUGGAGAGAACAUCGAAUCCUGUCUCAAGCAACUUUUAUUUGGCACUGUAAGGAGAUCUUUGCGGGCCCAGAUUGCUGAGGAAUUGAAAAGAUAUGGUUAUCUAGGACCAUAUGAGUGGAAGAUAUUGGAAGAUAUGUCAUUGAUUGAGAGUCUUUAUCCUAGCAGCAGCUUCUGGAAAACAUAUCAUGGGAGGCUAAGAGAGAAUGGUACUUCAUCAGACUCUGUUUUGCCGAUGGAAAAUAGACUACAGCUCUUGCAUAACCAUUCAUUUGAUAGCCUUGUCAUUGAAUGUGGGGAGAUUGAUGGAAUUGUCUUGGAUUCAUGGAUGAAUAUCAAUGGAAGUACAUCUUCUGUAGAAGUUGAUGAAGAUGAGGCUCAUGUUGGAUAUUGGGCUGCUGCUGCUAUCUGGUUUGAUACCUGGGAGCAAAGAACCAUUGAUCGUAUGAUAUUGAAUCAAUCAUCUCCUUCGGGAAUAUCUUUACUGUGGGAAUCACAACUUGAAUAUCAUGGGGGUCGCAAUAAUUGGAAAGAAGUAUCUGAACUGUUGGACAUGAUACCGGCAUAUGCCAUAUCUGCUGGAAGCCUUCAACUCAAUUUGGAUGUUUUGCAAACUACUUCGUCUUUAGGAUGCAAUAUGAAGGCUUCUAAUUACGGAAGUUUCUUAGGCUCUCUUGAAGAAUUGGAUUCUGUAUGCAUGGAAGUUCCAGAUAUCCAAAUAUAUCAGUUUUCACCUGAUAUUUGCUCUGGGUGGUUGAGAAUGCUCAUGCAGGAAAAGCUUGCAAAAAGAUUUAUAUUUUUGAAAGAAUAUUGGGAAGGAACAAUGGAGAUGGUUGCUCUUUUGGCUCGGGCAGGUUUCGUAUCUGAUCAAGAUAAGAUUUUGUUGGACAAUGAUCUUAUUGAGACCUUAUCAGAUAGAGAUGGAACUGUACAUGCUAUGCAUAAAAUAUUUGUGCAUCACUGUGCACAAUAUAAUUUGCCAAGUCUUUUGGACCUUUACCUUGAUUGUCAUAGUUUGGUCCUUGAUCGUGAUUCCCUUCUUGCAUUACAGGAAACUGCAGUUGAUUGUCAAUGGGCAAAAUGGCUGCUCUUAUCAAGAGUUAAGGGGUGUGAGUACGAGGCUUCACUUGCUAAUGCUCGCUCAAUUAUGUCACAAAAUUUGGUUCCUGGAAGUGGCCUCAGUGUUAUGGAUUUAGAUGAAAUAAUUCGAACUGUUGAUGACAUUGCUGAAGGAGGGGGAGAAAUGGCAGCUCUAGCAACCCUGAUGCAUGCUGCUUUGCCAAUUCAAAGCUGUUUGAAUAGUGGUAGUGUAAAUAUGCAUAUCAAUUCCUCUGCCCAGUGCACAUUGGAGAACCUUAGGCCAACUUUGCUACGGUUCCCAACAUUGUGGCGCACGCUUGUAGGAGCAUGUCUUGGACAAGAUACAAUGAGCUUGUUGGUUCCUAAAGCAAAAACUGCUUUAUCAGAUUAUCUUAGUUGGCGUGAUGACAAUUUUUUCUCUACUGGACGUGAUACUUCACUUCUACAAAUGCUUCCAUGCUGGUUUCCUAAGCCCAUUCGGAGAUUAAUACAACUUUACGUGCAGGGUCCUAUUGGAUGCCAAUCCUUUUCAGGGUUUCCUACUGGGGAAACUUUGCUACACAGAGACAUUGAUUUAUUCAUAAAUGCUGAUGUACAUGCUGAGAUAAGUGCAAUUUCUUGGGAGGCAACUAUCCAAAGACACAUUGAGGAAGAACUACAUGGCCCUUUACUCGAGGAAAAUGGCCUUGGACUUGAGCACCAUUUGCACCGUGGACGUGCUUUGGCAGCUUUCAACCAGAUCCUUGGCCAUAGAGUUCAAAAUAUGAAGUCUAAAGAGGAGGCCGGUGCUUCAGCUCAUGGACAAGCAAGCAUUCAAUUAGAUGUCCAGACUAUUCUUUCACCACUUGAGCAAAGUGAAGAGACUCUGCUUUCAUCUGUUUUGCCAAUUGCUAUUAUGCAUUUUGAGGAUUCUAUGCUUGUUGCCUCAUGCACUUUUCUUCUGGAGCUAUGUGGUCUGUCAGCCAGCAUGUUGCGCACUGAUAUUGCUGUGCUAAAGCGAAUUUCUUCUUUCUACACAUUAAGUGAAGAUAAUGAAAAUCUCAGGCAAUUAUCACCCAAGGGAUCUAUGUUUCAUGCAAGAUCCCAUGAAGGUGACUUGACCGAGUCUCUUGCUCGAGCCUUAGCUGAUGAAUAUUUGCACAAGGAUUCUGCAGUAAAUUCUACUGGGAAUGGAGCUUCAGGUAGACAACCUUCUCGGGCUCUUAUGCUUGUCUUGAACCAUUUGGAAAAAGCAAGCCUUCCGCUGAUUAUAGAUGGAAAUACAUAUGGGUCUUGGCUGCUAACUGGAAAUGGUGAUGGAGCACAGUUAAGGUCUGAACGAAAGGCUGCUAGCCAGCGCUGGAGUUUGGUAACAAAUUUUUGUAGGAUGCAUCAGCUUCCCCUAAGUACAAAGUAUCUUGCUUUAUUAGCUAGAGAUAAUGACUGGGUUGAAUUUUUGUCUGAAGGUCAGAUUGGGGGAUAUUCUUUUGAUACAGUGGUCCAAGUGGCAUCAAAGGAGUUUAGUGAUCCACGUCUGAGACUUCAUAUGAUGACAGUUUUGAGAGCAAUGCAAUCAAAGAAAAAGGCAACCUCACCAGAGAAAGGUGAUGAAACAACCUUUCCUAAUGAAAACAUGUGUGUUCCAGUUGAACUCUUCCAGAUAUUAGCAGAAUGUGAAAAACACAAAGGUCCUGGAGAAGCUCUCUUGACAAAAGCAAAAGAGUUGUCCUGGUCAAUUUUGGCAAUGGUGGCUUCAUGUUUCCCUGAUGUCUCACCAUUGUCAUGCCUGACAGUUUGGUUGGAAAUUACUGCAGCAAGAGAAACUUCAUCGAUCAAGGUGCAUAAUAUUGCUUCCCAGAUUGCAGAUAAUGUUGGAGCAGCUGUAAAUGCAACCAAUUCCUUGCCUGUAGGUGAUAGAGUGCUUACAUUUCAUUACAAUAGGCAGAGUCCCAAGCGUCGACGGUUAUUAACACCCAUUACAGUCGACUCAUCUACUUCUGUAAUAUCUGAGAUCUCAAGUACUUUUAUGGGUCCAAAAAUAUUUGAUUCCCAAGGUAAGUCUAUCGAGAAUGAAAGAGAUGUAGGACAGACGGGAGGUAUAAUUGUUGCAAGUGAAUCCAAUGAAAGGCCAGCUUCUCUUUCCAAGAUGGUUGCAGUGCUUUGUGAACAACAAUUGUUCUUGCCUUUGCUAAGGGCAUUUGAGAUGUUCCUUCCAUCAUGUCCAUUGCUGCCAUUCAUUCGUGCCCUUCAGGCAUUUUCACAAAUGCGCCUCUCAGAAGCUUCUGCUCAUUUGGGUUCCUUUUCAGCACGAAUUAAGGAGGAACCGAUGUACUCACAGGCAAAUGUGGGACGAGAAGGACAGAUUGGAACAUCAUGGAUUAGUUCUACAGCUUCAAAAGCUGCUGAUGCAGUGCUUUCAACUUGCCCCUCUCCGUAUGAGAAAAGAUGCUUAAUGCAACUUCUUGCCUCCACUGACUUUGGUGAUGGUGGACUUGCUGCGGCACACUACCGAAGGGCUUAUUGGAAAAUUAAUUUAGCAGAACCUAUGCUUCGUAAAGAUAAUGUGUUGCAUUUUGAUAAUGAAACUGCAGAUGAUGCUUCACUGUUGUCUGCACUAGAAAAUAAUAGGCAGUGGGAGCAAGCAAGGAACUGGGCCAAGCAGUUGGAGGCCAGUGGAACCCCCUGGAAAUCUUCAUUGCAUCAUGUCACUGAGUCUCAGGCCGAAUCUAUGGUAGCCGAGUGGAAGGAGUUUCUUUGGGACGUACCAGAAGAGAGGGUUGCUUUAUGGAGCCACUGUCACACAUUAUUCAUCAGAUACUCCUUCCCUUCUCUUCAAGCUGGGUUAUUUUUCCUUAAACAUGCUGAAGCUGUUGAGAAAGAUCUGCCUGCAAGGGAGCUUCAUGAAAUUUUAUUGCUUUCUCUGCAAUGGUUGAGUGGGAUGAUAAGCCUUUCCAGCCCUGUCUGCCCAUUGCAUCUUCUGCGUGAAAUUGAAACCAAAGUAUGGCUUUUAGCGGUUGAAUCUGAGAGCCAGGUAAAGAGUGAAGGAGACUUCAAUUUUACCUUUUCUAUCAGGGAGAAUGCUAUCAAGAAUGAAUCCAGUAUUAUUGACCGAACUGCAACCAUAAUAGCAAAGAUGGACAACCAUAUAAAUUCAAUGAGGAAUAGAAUUGAUAACCAAAUCCCUUACAAGAAUCAAGUAGUGGAUGCUGGCCUCUCAACUACUUUUGGUGGUGGUUCAAAGACAAAAAGAAGGGGCAAAGGAUACAUGCAAUCAAGACGCCCACCUCUUGAAACAGCAGAUAAAAGUGCUGAUAGUGAUGAUGGAUCUAGUGCCCACUGUUUCAAAAAUGAGUUGCAGUUGAAUGAAGAGAACCUAAAACUGGAAAUGUCAUUUUCUAGGUGGGACGAAAGGGUUGGCGCAGCAGAGCUGGAAAGGGCUGUACUAUCUUUAUUGGAAUUUGGGCAAAUUGCUGCAGCCAAGCAACUGCAAUCUAAGUUCUCUCCUGAAGAAAUACCAUCUGAAUUUAAACUUGUAGAUGCGGCCUUGAAGCUUGCUGCUAUUUCAACUCCUCCCAGCAAUGUAUCUUUGUCAAUGCUUGACGAAGAAGUGCGUUCAGUUAUACAAACACAUGGUCUACUGAAGGGCAAGCACCAUGUGGACCCACUGCAGGUUCUGGAGUCUUUGGUGGCCAUUUUUACAGAAGGCAGUGGGCGCGGGUUAUGUAAGAGAAUAAUAGCAGUUAUAAAAGCUGCAAACACCUUGGGACUCUCAUUUUUUGAGGCGUUCAACAAGCAACCAAUUGAACUGCUACAGCUCCUUUCUCUUAAAGCACAGGAGUCAUUUGAGGAGGCAAACAUGCUGGUGCAGACUCAUCCAAUGCCAGCGGCAAGCAUUGCUCAAAUACUUGCAGAAUCUUUCCUAAAGGGUGUGUUGGCUGCACAUCGUGGAGGGUAUAUGGAUUCACAAAAGGAAGAAGGACCUGCUCCAUUGCUGUGGAGAUUUUCAGAUUUCUUGAAGUGGGCAGAGCUUUGUCCCUCUGAACCAGAAAUUGGGCAUGCUUUAAUGCGUUUGGUGAUUACUGGACAGGAGAUACCACAUGCUUGUGAGGUUGAGCUUCUUAUUCUGUCCCACCAUUUCUACAAGUCAUCUGCAUGCCUUGAUGGAGUUGAUGUCCUUGUAGCUCUUGCUGCAACUAGGGUUGAUGCUUAUGUAUUGGAGGGUGAUUUUUCAUGUUUGGCUCGAUUAAUAACCGGGGUUGGAAACUUUUAUGCUCUCAAUUUCAUUCUUGGCAUUCUCAUAGAAAAUGGUCAGUUGGAUCUUCUGCUCCAGAAGUAUUCUGCUGCUGCAGACACCAACACAGGCACUGCUGAGGCUGUCAGAGGAUUUCGAAUGGCUGUUCUUACAUCUUUGAAGCAUUUCAACCCUAAUGACCUUGAUGCAUUUGCUAUGGUCUACAGUCAUUUUGAUAUGAAACAUGAGACAGCUGCUCUUUUAGAGUCACGAGCACAGCAAUCGUGUGAACAGUGGUUCCGCCGCUAUGACAUGGACCAGAAUGAGGAUUUAUUGGAUUCCAUGCGCUACUUCAUUGAAGCUGCUGAAGUUCACUCUUCCAUUGAUGCUGGCAACAAAACACGAAGCAAUUGUGCACAGGCUUCCCUUCUGUCCUUGCAAAUUCGAAUGCCUGAUUUCCAGUGGCUUAAUCUAUCAGAAACCAAUGCUAGACGAGCUUUGGUUGAGCAAUCUCGUUUUCAAGAGGCUUUAAUUGUAGCUGAAGCUUAUAACCUAAACCAACCAAGUGAGUGGGCUUUAGUACUCUGGAACCAGAUGCUCAAACCUGAAGUGAUGGAGGAGUUUGUGGCAGAGUUCGUUGCAGUUCUACCUCUUCAGCCGUCAAUGCUGAUUGAUUUAGCUAGAUUCUAUAGAGCUGAAGUGGCUGCUCGAGGGGACCAAUCUCAUUUCUCUGUCUGGCUUACAGGUGGAGGCUUGCCAGCCGAGUGGGCUAAAUAUUUAGGAAGAUCAUUCAGGUGCCUAUUGAAACGAACAAGGGACUUGAAGUUGCGGAUGCAAUUGGCUACACUGGCAACUGGAUUUGGUGAUGUUAUUGAUGCAUGCAAGGAGGAAUUGGAUAACGUCCCUGACAAUGCGGCACCACUAGUGUUGAGGAAGGGUCAUGGGGGAGCUUACCUCCCUUUAAUGUAAAACUUUAUACUGUUUGGACAAACCACAUUGAGCAGGAAGGUGGUUCGACCAUGGGCUUCUGCUGAUAUGAAGUCAGUUAGUGUAUUGCUGAAAACAUUGAAGGAUGCUGAACAGAACAAACCAGAAAAAGCAAAAAAGGCUGGACAAAAUGGAAAUUGGAUGGUUAGUUGAUUGAUCAAGCUGAGGUCCUUAUACAUAUCUUUUGGGGUUGAGAAUAUGAUUGAUGGUUGUAUAUUAGGCCAACUGUAUCUGUAGCUCAUUCUUGUAAGAACCAUUCUAGUUUUGUUUUCUCCAUUUUUUUAAAAAGUUGGUUGGGGUCUUAGGGCCCAGGGGGUUUGCAGGGUGGAGAGGUAGUUUAUUGUCUGUUUUGAGGCCUGUAGAAUAGAAUGUUCCAUUGGUUCCCAUUUCUCUUCUUUUUUGGCUCUAAAAGUGUAUAGUUGUUAUUCUUGUACAUCGAUAUAGAAUUCCAGUUAGUGGUUUAUUUGGAAAGGAAUAUUUCGAAUUUUCGAUCCAGCAACCCGAUGGACAAAAUUUGUUGGUGAA